GGCUGUGAGGGUUCAGAGCCACCUCGCUUCGGAGGACGUGGAGUGCUGAGAGGGCUGAGGAGACCGUGCGGAAGGAUGGAGGUGGUGGUCUUGCUGGGGCUCAGCUGGUUCUGCGCUCCCCUGGGAGCUCUGGUUCUGGACUUCAAUGGCAUCAAGAGCCCUGCCAAAGUACCAGGGGCUCAGAAGGGUUCACAGUGCUUGUCUGACAAGGACUGCAGUACCAGGAAAUUCUGCCUCAAGCCCCGACAUGAGAAGGCAUUCUGUGCGACAUGCCGCAGGCUACGCAGGAGGUGCCAGCGCGAUGCCAUGUGCUGCCCAGGAGCGCUCUGCUUGAACGAUGUUUGUACUGCAACAGAAGAUGCAACCCCAAUAUUGGAAAGGCAGAUUGAUGACACAGAUACCAAAGGAACAACUGAGCAUCCAAUUCAGGAAAACAAACCCAAAAGGAAGCCCAAUAUUAAGAAAUCACAGGGUAGUAAGGGACAAGAGGGAGAAAGCUGUCUCAGAACUUUUGACUGCGGAACUGGACUUUGCUGUGCUCGUCACUUUUGGACUAAAAUUUGUAAGCCAGUCCUUUUGGAGGGAGAGGUCUGCUCUAAGAGAGGGCAUAAGGAUGCUGCGCAAGCUCCAGAAAUCUUCCAGCGCUGUGACUGUGGUCCCAGGCUAUCAUGUCGAAAUCAAGUGACUGGCAAUCAACAACAUGCACGGUUAAGCGUAUGCCAAAAAAUCUAAAAAGCUGCAAAUAUGUCAAAAUAAAGACUACUCUUUAUUGUAUUCAAGCAGAAAUCCCAGACAUUAAUUUUAAAAUCUUUCCAUACAGUUAUCUUUUCAAAUCUUGUAGUAAAUGAAAUAGACUGAGCUAGAGAACCGUGACAUGCGACCUUGUGACGAAUGGGAACUAGCUUAGGCUUUUUGUAUAUUUCUGCAGAAGAGAGAUGUGAUUCUAUAACAAAAACAAUGUAAUUUUUAUCUAGUGACUCAGUUAGUUCAACUAAAUCUUUAAGUAAUUUCUGGUGAAGUUCUGGUACCUUACAUUAGCUUUGGGGGAAAAAAAGUGACAGUAUCUGCAGUUAAAUUAAUUCUUGUAUCUUACUAGUGAAAAUUAUCACAGCAAAUACUAUAUUUUUCUUUAAAGCCCUAUUGUUUAUUUUCUUUCAGUUUUUGGAAGGGAAAUGCCAUUUCACUACAAAAUAAUUUGGUUAAUAAAGAAAUAAGAUGCAAAAGGUAGUAAUCUUAUGUUUGUAUAGUCCUUUGCAAGUUACAAAGCGUUUUCACGUAUUCUGUUUUCAAUAGCUUUACUUACAUUUGAUAGUUUUUUACAUUUUGUAUUUACAUAAUUUUUAUAUUUCAUAGGUAGGGUUUUCAAGAAGUGUUUUUACUUAUAUAUUUUGACCAUUUGAACUUAGACAUUAUGUUGGAGGAAAACUAGAGCCAAAAAGGUGAAAUUGUUGUUUGUGUGAAGUAUAAGAGGGGUAGAUGUUAGAAGUGGUUUUUGCUUAGGGAAGCUCUUUCUGAUGGAUUACAACCAACUGCUAUAGAUUUCAUUUAAGAGAUAAAGCACACACCUGUUCUUCUCUUUAAGUUACAAGUAUAUACUACAGAAUUGAAUAUGGACAACCAAAGCAAAACAAUUAAAUUCAAGAAGGUCCCUAGUUUCUAAAAAGUAUUGAGCCACCUUCCAGAGGCUAGCUUCUGGGUGCACCUUAAUUGACUAAUUUGUAAUUAGUAAACAGGAGGAAAGGUAGUGGGGUAAUGUGGUUGAUAGCA